UUAUAUUCAUAUAAUUAUCGACAAACUUAAUAAUGCAUACAAAUCAAGGCUAACCUUUUUCUACAAUUAGCAUCCUUAUCUACCCUUCCUCCCAAUUACCAAAUGAGAGCUUAUUGAACAUGGGAAGUGAAAAAUUAGUUAUGAUUACAAAUAAGAAGCAACUCUAAAAAAUCACUCAUGCCCUUUAAUACAAUCAUAAGCAUACAUAUGGUUGACAUCACCAUUAUUAAUUUAACCUUUAUACAACCUUUUGUCUCUUUUAGCGAAGUAAUUUCAACUGAUCACUUAGUUUUCUUCUUAGGCAUUUCCUAUGGCAACUUGAGAAUUCUUAAGUUUGGUACAAAAAUAUGUAAUUUAGCUUAAACUCCUUAUAUAUGAUAUCUGAGGCUGCACGCUGCUCUUCAACAUAUUUUCUGCCACUCUUCUUCUUCUUCUUCUUCUUCUUCUUCUUCUUCCCGAUGAGAAGCCCUUCUUCCCCGCAUGUCAUGUCGGCUUCACAACCCAUGACGCUGCUCCCAAAGUGCGACCCAAAUGAUGACGAAGGAACCAUGAAACUCAUAGAGGAGCUAACAACUAAUGCUGCACAAGUUCAGCGUCAGGUCCUGGACGAGAUUCUUGCCCGGAACUCUAACACAGAGUACCUCCAUGGCUUCCUUGAUGGACUCACUGGAUAUCAUUUCUUUAAGAAGAAGGUGCCUGUCAUAGAAUAUGAGCACGUGAGGGAAUACAUCGAGAGGAUCGCUAAUGGUGCACCAUCUUCCAUAAUCUGUACUCAGCCUAUUACAGAACUCUUGACCAGUUCGGGGACUUCUGGCGGGCAGCCUAAGAUGAUGCCAUCGACAUCAGAGGAACUUGACAGGAAGACAUUCCUUUAUGAUCUCCAAGUACCGGUUAUUAAUAAGUACGUUGAUGGGCUGGACAAAGGAAAGGGAAUGUAUCUCAUGUUCGUGAAGCCAGAGAUCAGAACUCCCUCAGGCCUCUCGGCUCGGCCGGUCCUCACCAGCUACUACAAAAGUGCCAAUUUUCUAAACCGGCAUUUCAACAAGCACCUUAUCUACACCAGUCCCAACGAGACCAUCCUCUGCGCAGACAGCAGACAGAGCAUGUAUAGCCAGCUCCUAUGCGGCCUCCUGCAAUGCGAUGACGUUCUUCGCGUCGGCGCCGUAUUCUCCUCUGCCUUCCUUCGCGCCAUCAAAUUCCUCGAGGAUCACUGGCAAGAACUUUGCUCCAACAUUCGAGCCGGGGAGAUAAGUGAAUGGAUCACUGAUUCAGGAUCUCGGCGAGCUGUAAUGCGAAUUAUGCGUGAACCCAAUGCGAAAUUGGCUGAGAGGAUAGAGGCGGAGUGCAGGAAGGAGCCAUGGGAGGGUAUUAUAAGGCGAUUGUGGCCGCGGACCAAGUAUGUUGAUGUAAUAGUGACGGGAUCAAUGGCUCAGUACAUCCCGCUGCUGGAUUUCUACAGCGGAGAGCUGCCGCUGGUGUCGAUGAUGUAUGCGUCGUCGGAAUGCUACUUUGGAAUUAAUCUCCAGCCGUUGAGUUCGCCGGCGGAGGUGUCAUACACUUUGAUCCCGAAUAUGGCGUACUUUGAGUUCUUGCCGGUGAAGAGUGAUAAACGAGGUGAAGAGGAGGCUCUUGAUGCUGAUAAGUGCAAUAGGAUGGAGAUGGCGGCGGAGGCGGUGGAUCUCGUCGACGUUGAGGUCGGGAAAUACUAUGAGCUCGUCGUUACCACCUUUACUGGGCUUUACCGCUACCGCGUCGGCGACAUCCUCAUGGUGACCGGAUUCCACAACUCAGCCCCCAACUUCCGCUUCGUCCACCGCCGCAACAUCGUCCUCAGCGUCGACACCGACAAGACGAACGAGGAGGACCUCCUCCUCGCCAUCACCGCAGCAAAGCCACUCCUCGCACCCCUCGGCUGCCUUCUCUCCGAGUACACAAGCUAUGCCGACACCUCCUCAAUCCCCGGCCACUACAUCCUCUUCUGGGAGCUUAAGUACAACAACGCGGCUACUGAGCUCGACUCGGCGGUCAUGGAAGCUUGUUGCUUGAUGGUGGAGGAAUCGCUCGACUGGGUGUACCGGCGGUGCCGAAGCCGAGACCGUUCGGUGGGGGCGUUGGAGAUCAGAGUGGUGCGGGCUGGCGCGUUCGAUGCGCUUAUGGAUCUAUGCUUGACCAAUGGGUCGUCGGUGAACCAGUACAAAACGCCGAGGUGUAUUAGCUCGCCGGAGGCAAUCGCCGUGCUUGAUGGGAGAGUGGUGGGGAGGUUCUUUAGCCGGAGUGCGCCGCACUGGGAGCCCUUGCGGGUUGGAAAGACCUGAAAUUUAUAAGUUUGACCGUUACUGUGUCGCUUGUGUAUUAGAUUAGUGCGAAUUAUACUGGUAGCUCUAUUCAAUUUAGCAGUACAGAGAUGGUGAGCUUCUGCUUCGCACGCUGCUGUGAACUCUCAUUUUAUGAACGUAGAGCUACGUAUAAGAUUGUUAGUUCAAUGAUGUACUCGCUGUAAUGUGUAAGUAAAUAUUACGUAUCCUCAUUUUAUGCCCA